UUAAUGUUUGGAUGCGGCCCACUAACGAAUCAUUAAAAAAUUUUUUUUUAGCAAAUUUAUGAAGUAAUGAGCACGAGAGUCUUCAUGUAAUUUAGUCAAAAUAUAUUUAUUGUAAUUUAGUCAAAAAAUACUUUAUAUUUAAUAAAUAAAAUAAUUGUAGCGACCAAAUUGAAACUCCCGUAUGUAUUUUUUCUCGCGCUCUGGUGCGCCGCCACCAGCUACUCGCCAUGCCGUUCGCAAGUCUUUGUUCUCGACAGUGUUGUUUUGGCUGUGGCGGUGUGCAGACUAUAUCUCUCAAAAGUAAGUGCUUAAUCAUUUAAAUUUUCUUUAUUGUUGAAAUAAAUGCAUUUUCAGUAAACUACGGCUCAGUACACCUAUUAAUGGUUAAUUUCUUUUUCAGAGAACUAUAAUCUUAAGUAAUGAAAAUUUUAUAUUUAUAUGGCCAUGGAAUCUAUUACUAAAAAAAGGAAAAUAGCAGAAGAAAAGAGGAAAUUUAAUAUCCAAUGGACGGAAAAAUAUUUUGUGACCGAGUUAUUUGGCAAUAUAACAUGUCUUAUAUGUAAUGAUAAGAUUAGCGUAUGCAAGGAAUACAAUGUCAGACGUCAUUAUGUUUCGAAACAUGAGUCAGAAUAUCAGACAUUUAAUGAAGAAGGAAGAAGAAUUGAAGAAUUGACAAAGGCAAUUAGCUCACAACAAGCUAAUCUUCAAAAACAUAUUGUUAAAAGUGGAACAUGUACAAAAGGAAAACCUCUUAUUGAUGGAGAAUUAAUAAAAGAAUGCAUUGUUAUUGCUUUUAAUGAGUACUGUCCAGACAAGGUGAAUUUAGUAAAGGAAGCAUGUCUAUCACAUCAGACAAUUGGCAGAAGAAUUGAUGACUUGGGUGAUAAUAUUGAAGGCAUACUGAAGGACAAAUUAUCUGCAUGCGUUCUUUACAGUUUAGCGUUGGAUGAAAGUAUUGACCAAAGUGAUACUGCACAAUUAGUUAUUUUCAUUAGAGGAAUUGAUGAAAAAUUUCAAUAUUAUUGAAGAAAUGUUGGACUUGUGUCACAUAAAGGGCACAACAAGAGGCAAGGACAUAUAUGAGAUUGUUAAUUUGUCAUUAGAUAAAUUCAAUAUUGAUAGGAAAAACAUUUAUUCAAUUACAACUGAUGGUGCUCCUGCCCUGACUGGUCAACACAAUGGUUUUAUUAGUUUAUUUAAAGAAUCUGUUGAUCAUGAGAUUCUCAGUUACCAUUGCUUGAUACAUCAACAACAAUUAUGUGCUCAAAAGCUAAAUAUGAAACAUUUGAUGACUGAU